GGAACCACUGGAAAUGAUGGGAUCCAAGGACCGUGUAGCUACAAUGUUGUCAAGACUCUUCCGCAUGCAUGGCCUCUUUGUGGCCUCCCACCCCUGGGAAGUUAUUGUGGGAACGGUGACACUUACCAUCUGUAUGAUGUCCAUGAACAUGUUUACUGGCAACAACAAGAUCUGUGGUUGGAAUUAUGAGUGCCCAAAAUUUGAAGAGGAUGUCCUGAGCAGCGACAUCAUCAUCCUCACCAUAACGCGGUGCAUCGCCAUCCUCUAUAUUUAUUUCCAGUUCCAGAACUUGCGGCAGCUGGGCUCCAAGUAUAUUUUGGGUAUUGCUGGGCUAUUCACAAUUUUCUCAAGCUUUGUCUUUAGUACGGUCGUCAUUCACUUCUUAGACAAGGAACUGACGGGCUUAAAUGAAGCUUUGCCCUUUUUCCUGCUUUUGAUUGACCUUUCCAGAGCAAGUGCUCUAGCAAAGUUUGCCCUGAGUUCAAACUCACAGGAUGAAGUAAGGGAAAAUAUAGCUCGUGGAAUGGCAAUUCUGGGCCCCACAUUCACCCUUGAUGCUCUUGUGGAAUGUCUUGUAAUUGGAGUUGGCACCAUGUCAGGUUUAUUGAGCAGUGAUGGGAACACUGCUUUUAUUAGCCACAUAAACUGGGGGCUUUCUUAUUGUGAUAAGGUGCGGCCAAGGAAGAUAGUGUCUGGUUCUGGGCUUGUGAGGGAUGAGGAAGCAGAGGCUGCACAGCUGAAGAUGUGUUUCCUUCAGUCUUUAGGCUUGGUUCUUGUUCACGCUCACAGUCGCUGGAUAGCUGACCCUUCACCUCAGAACAGUACAGCAGAACAUUCCAAGGUCUCCUUGGGACUGGAUGAGGAUGUGUCCAAGAGAAUUGAGCCAAGUGUUUCUCUCUGGCAGUUUUAUCUCUCCAAGAUGAUCAGCAUGGACAUUGAACAGGUGAUCACCCUGAGUUUAGCUCUCCUGUUGGCUGUCAAGUACAUUUUCUUUGAACAAGCGGAGACAGAAUCAACGCUCUCAUUAAAAAAUCCUAUCACGUCUCCUGUGGUGACCCCCAAAAAAGCUCAAGAUAACUGUUGCAGACGUGAGCCUCUGCUUGUGAGAAAGAACCAGAAGCUUGCGUGUGUGGAGGAGGAGCCAGGAGCGAACCAGGAUAGAAAAGUUGAGGUUAUAAAACCAUUAGUGGCGGAAACUGAGAGUGCAAGCAGAGCUACGUUUGUGCUUGGCGCCUCUGUAGCCAGACCUCCUGUGGCCCUGGGGACACAGGAGCCUGAAAUUGACCUCCCCAGCGAGCCUCGGCCUACUGAAGAAUGCCUGCAGAUACUGGAGAGUGCUGAGAAAGGUGCAAAGUUCCUUAGUGAUGCAGAGAUCAUCCAGCUGGUCAAUGCCAAGCACAUCCCGGCCUACAAAUUGGAAACUCUAAUGGAAACUCAUGAACGUGGUGUGUCUAUUCGACGACAGCUCCUAUCCACAAAGCUUCCAGAGCCUUCUUCUCUGCAGUACCUGCCUUACAGAGAUUAUAAUUACUCCCUGGUGAUGGGAGCUUGCUGUAAAAAUGUAAUUGGCUAUAUGCCCAUCCCUGUCGGAGUGGCAGGGCCUCUCUGCCUGGAUGGGAAAGAGUACCAGGUUCCAAUGGCAACAACAGAAGGCUGUCUUGUGGCCAGCACCAACAGAGGCUGCAGAGCAAUAGGUCUUGGUGGAGGUGCCAGCAGCCGGGUCCUUGCAGAUGGGAUGACCCGAGGCCCAGUGGUGCGUCUUCCUCGUGCUUGUGACUCUGCAGAAGUGAAGGCCUGGCUCGAGACACCUGAAGGGUUCGCAGUGGUAAAGGAGGCCUUCGAUAGCACCAGCAGAUUUGCGCGUCUAGAGAAACUUCAUGUGACUAUGGCAGGACGCAACCUGUAUAUCCGCUUCCAGUCCAAGACAGGGGAUGCCAUGGGGAUGAACAUGAUUUCCAAGGGCACGGAGAAAGCACUUUUGAAGCUUCAGGAGUUCUUCCCUGAGAUGCAGAUCCUGGCAGUUAGUGGUAACUAUUGCACUGACAAGAAACCUGCUGCCAUAAACUGGAUCGAAGGAAGAGGAAAGACAGUUGUGUGUGAAGCUGUCAUUCCUGCCAAGGUGGUGAGAGAAGUAUUAAAGACGACGACGGAAGCUAUGAUUGACGUCAAUAUUAACAAGAAUCUCGUGGGGUCUGCCAUGGCCGGGAGCAUAGGAGGCUACAACGCCCAUGCAGCCAACAUCGUCACUGCCAUCUACAUUGCGUGUGGCCAGGACGCAGCGCAGAAUGUGGGCAGUUCAAACUGUAUUACUUUAAUGGAAGCAAGUGGUCCCACGAAUGAAGACUUGUAUAUCAGCUGCACCAUGCCGUCUAUAGAGAUAGGAACCGUGGGUGGUGGGACCAACCUCCUACCUCAGCAAGCCUGCCUGCAGAUGCUAGGUGUUCAAGGAGCAUGCAAAGACAAUCCUGGAGAAAAUGCACGGCAGCUUGCCCGAAUUGUGUGUGGUACUGUGAUGGCUGGGGAGUUGUCCUUGAUGGCAGCAUUGGCAGCAGGACAUCUUGUCAGAAGUCACAUGGUUCACAACAGAUCGAAGAUAAAUUUACAAGAUCUGCAAGGAACAUGCACCAAGAAGGCAGCUUGAGCAGCCUGACAGUAUGGAACUAAAACGCGGGCAUUGGGUUCUCAAGGACUAACGUAAAAUCUGUGAAUUAAAAAUCUCAGUGCAGUGUCUUGUGGAAGAUAAAUGGACAUGAUCAGUGAGAUGCCUGCUUGGUUUUGGGCUCUUUCAGAGACAUCUGAGGUCCUUUGCACAGACUCCUCAGAUCUGGAAACAGUGUGUCUUGCCAUGCUGUCUUCUGGAAAGAUCUCCUGUGGAUGUCGUGCUCUGAGCAGCACAGGUGUGAUCUGCAGCUCGUUUCUGAAAGCCCCACAAGCUGGAAAAGGUUUUGAUGAAGUGCUGGAGUUGAUGGUGAUCAGUGUGAGACUGGCCUCUCCAAGUGGGCUAAACCUGGAGUUUUAAAUUAUACUGUAGCUGACAGAACUUCUGAUUUUAUAUUUAUUUAGUCUGAGUUAUAGAACUUUGUAAUCUAAGUUUAUUUUUUGUAAACUAAUAAUUCAUUUGGUGCUGGUCUAUUGAUUUUGGGGGUAAACAACAUAUUCUUCAGAAGGGGACCUACUUCUUCAUGGGAAGAAUUCCUUUUAUUCUCAAACUACAGAACAAUGUGCUCAGCAGUGCUGAUUGUUCUCGAUGAAGAAAGCAGUCACUGCGUUUAUUUCUGCAGGUCUCUGUUCAGAGAGGCCUCUUGUCUAGAUUUUUGCCAACUGGGCUACUGCAUGUCUUAGCGUCGGGCUUUAGGAAAGUGCCAUGCUUUGCACUAAAGAUAGCAGAGCUCUCGGUGUUACUUAGACAAGGGUACAAGCAAGUUGGACCUCUCAGAGUAUGGGAACAUGGUUUUAAAAGAAAACGACCAUUUCUCUAAGACAACUUUCUUUAGAGACAUUUUAACUUAUUUAGCUGAAUUCUAGAUUUUUUUGGUAAACUAUCAAAUCUGUAUAUGUUGUAAUAAAGUGUCUUACGCUAGGAGUUUAUUGAAAGUGUUUUAAGAAAUAAAAGAACUCAACUUUACACUGAUAAUACUCUAGCUUGGGCCAGAGAAGACAGUGCUCUGUGGCAUUGUCCAGGAAACUCUGGCUUGCUUGCCACGCCUAAUGAAGGGAAAGUCAGCUUGCAGAGCCAAUGACGGAGCCACAUGAAUGGCCCUGGAGCUGUGUGCCUUGUUCCUGUGGCCAGGAGCUUGGUGACUGAGUAAUUUACGGGCUCCUUUGAUGGACCCAGAAAAGCUCUUAACUUCCUCAGGGGGUCAGCAGAGUUGUUGAAUCUCAAUUUUUUUUUUAAUGUACCAGUUUUGUAUAAAGAAUAAUAAAGAGCUCCUUAUUUUGUAUUCUAUCUAAUGCUUCAAGUUCAGUCUUGGGAAAUGACAUCUUGUGGACUCUGAAAGACAUUCCAAGCGUGCAGCGGCAUCACGGGAGCCUCUUAGUGAUUGUAUGUCAGUAUUACUGUGGAAGAUGGACUUUGCUGUUGUAUGUGAAGUUUCACAUUGCUCCUCUUGUGACUUUUUAGCCAGUAACGUUUUAUUUUCCUGAGCUUGUCAUGGAAGUGGCGGUGAACAGUAUGGAGUGUUCAUGCUGGUGACUGUAACCAGUGUCAUCUUGCUAAAUCCGUGUUUUGUACAAUUACUAAAUUGUAUACAUUUUGUUAUAGGAUACUUUUUCCAGUUGAGUAAAUUAUGAAAGGAAGUUAA